UUACCGACUGAGCCACCAGAGAAGCUCCAGUUAGGACUGUUAUGAAGACUAAAUGAAAUGGUGCAUUUUUGAAGCACCGUAGGCAACGCACUGGUGCUGGCCGUGCUGCUUCGCGGUGGCCAGGCGGUGAGCACGACCAACCUGUUCAUCCUCAAUCUGGGCGUGGCCGACCUGUGUUUCAUCCUGUGCUGCGUGCCCUUCCAGGCCACCAUCUACACCCUGGACGACUGGGUGUUUGGGUCGCUGCUUUGCAAAGCGGUGCACUUCCUCAUCUUCCUCACCAUGCACGCCAGCAGCUUCACGCUGGCCGCCGUCUCCCUGGACCGGUAUCUGGCCAUCCGCUAUCCACUGCACUCCCGCGAGCUGCGCACGCCUCGCAACGCGAUGGCGGCCAUCGCUCUCAUCUGGGGGCUCUCACUGCUCUUCUCCGGGCCCUACCUGAGCUACUACCGCCAGUCCCGGUUAGCCAACCUGACGGUGUGCCACCCGGCGUGGAGCGCGCCGCGCCGCCGCGCCAUGGACCUCUGCACCUUUGUCUUCAGCUAUCUGCUGCCAGUCCUGGUGCUCGGCCUGACCUACGCGCGCACCCUGCGCUACCUCUGGCGCGCCGUCGACCCGGUGGCCGCCGGCUCGGGGGCCCGGCGCGCCAAGCGUAAAGUGACGCGUAUGAUCAUCAUCGUGGCCGCACUCUUCUGCCUCUGCUGGAUGCCUCACCACGCGCUGAUCCUCUGCGUGUGGUUCGGCCGCUUCCCUCUUACGCGCGCCACUUACGCGCUGCGUAUCCUCUCGCACCUGGUCUCCUAUGCUAACUCCUGCGUCAACCCCAUCGUCUACGCUCUCGUCUCCAAGCACUUCCGCAAGGGUUUCCGAGAGAUCUGCGCGGGCCUGCUGCGCCGCGCCCCGCGCAGAGCCUCGGGCCGCGUGUGCGUCGCGCCCCGGGGCCCCCACGGCGGCAGCGUGCUGGAGCGCGAGUCCACUGACCUGACGCACGUGAGCGAGGCCGCUGGGCCCUCUGCCCCUGUGCCGGCGCCUCUCCGCGGCCAGUCAUCCAGCCCCGUCCCCGACCUGUCCUGGAGGGACCCAAAGGCCCCCAAAGGCAUCUUGACAGCUAAUUUGACCUGCGGGCACUUAGAGGACUGGCCAUCCCUCUCCAACCUCAACUCACCCCAGGAGGUUCCGGAUCCCAUCCAGAUUCCGAGCAAUGGAAGCAAGCCCCUGGUGGUGGAUGUGCAUGUGUUCGUGUCCAACGUGUUUAAUGUGGACAUCCUCCGGUACACAGUGUCCUCCACGUUGCUGCUUCGGCUGUCCUGGCUGGACACACGCCUGGCCUUGAACUCAACUGGGCACCAGCAGAACACAGUCACGCUGCCCUGGGAUGUGCUCUGGAUGCCGAGACUCACUGUUCGGGAGGCCCUAUGGGUGAACUGGCAGGACAAGAACCCACAGGCCCGUGUAGACAGGGACGGCCGCAUCGAGUUCCACCUGGCCCUCACCACGGAGACCAACUGCGACUUUGAGCUCUUCCACUUCCCCAGGGACCAGAGCGACUGCCAUCUCAGCUUCUUCGCUUUCAGCAGCACUGUGACAGAGCUGGAGUUCCAGGUCCACGCAGUGAACGAGAUUGUGAGUGUCAAGAGGGAGUUCAUGGUUCAGGAUCUGAAAAUCCAAAUCCCGUCCCAGCAGCUGGUACCCUGCUUCCAGGUGACGUUGCGCCUGCAGAACACAGCACUAAAGGCCAUCUUAACGCUCCUGGUCCCCGGGGAGGCGCUGCUGUUGGCUGACCUGUGUGGGGGGCUGCUGCCCCUCCAGACUGAGCGCAUCGCCUACAAGGUGACCCUGCUUCUGAGCUACCUUGUCUUCCACUCCUCCAUGAUGCAGGCCCUGCCCAGCUCCUCCUCCUGCAACCCCCUGCUAGUUUACUACUUCACUGUCCUGCUGCUGCUGCUCUUUGUCAGCACCACCGAGACUGUGCUAUUGGCCGGGCUCCUGGCCCGGGGCAACCUCAGGGCAGAGGACAGCCGCAAUCCAGUGCUGAAUGGGGAGCAGCAAGACCAUGGGAAGCCAGGGUCUAACCCUGAAGAAGCCCCCGGAGCAGGGAAGGGGUCCAGAAGGAGCUGGGCUGAGGCUGCUGACCACAUCUUCUUCCAGGUGUAUGUGGUAGGGGUGGCGUGUAGCCAGUUCAUCUUCAUUGUGCUCUGGAUGUGGGCGACGUGCAAGUCGGACCCAGCCCCUGGAGCGGCUGCACCCCAUGGCGGGCAGCCCCGGCUGUAAUGGGCAGGGCCCAGGGCUGCAGAUGUGGGGGGGGAGGGCUGUGAUGGGGCCUCUGGAGGGGGAGGGAAGUGGACUCUCUUCCCUCAGCCUGGAGGACCCCAGGCCACCCCGAGCUCUCCUUCCUGUUAGCACAUAAGCAAGGAGUGUGGAAUAAACACAUCACUUCAGGGCAAGGGCGCCUCUGGGGUCUGGCUUCAUUUUUGCGCUCAGCUGUUCACUCUUGUUGGAGUAGGUGGGGCCCUAUCUCACGUCCCCAAGCCCUGCUCUGCUCCAGACCGUCUCACCACUGUCCGCUGGUCACCCCAUCCCCACACACCACCUAACUGCUCCUGCAACCGCUGCUGCUUGGCCCCGGGCCAGGAGCACUGGAGCCCCAGAGACAGGCCUGGGAUGGUCAGGACCCCUUCUGUGAAUUCCGGCCAAGUGCUCAGAGGGCAGGGAGAGCACUUCUACUCCAGCCACCGGG